GGUAUCGUAGGAUACUCAGUGCCAGAGGGCGUCCGGGGCGGCGGUUUCGGAAGCAACGGUCGUCCAGGCCUCGAUCAGUUUGAUUUCAGGGACACAGUGAACGACCGCUUCAGCGCCAUGCAAACUUCGCACGCGGGUGAAGGCCUUGGUAAGCUGGUGGAUAACAUUGCAUAUCUGGGCAAUGUUACGCGAGAUGUCGAGGUCUCACCGGGCAGUCACUUUGUUGGCUGGGACAGUGGAUACAAUGGAAGGCGCACGUCUGUUCAGUUGCGCUUCAAAUUUGAUGCAGGUAAUCCAUUUUUUUCUUUAUUUUUUAUAGUUCCGGUUUUUUAUUACCCUAGAAAUUAUCUUACUUGUGCAAGUACCCAUGUUCAACUGCGAGCUUGUAUGAGAUUCUAG